CACACAUCCAUCUAUUCACACACAUCAUAUAUAUAUAUACUCGUAUAAAACUAAAACACCAAUAUUUACGCCAUAAUUCACACACACAUUAACGAUCGAUCAACCACUAUGACCUCACCACCGACACCGCCGCCGUCACUCAAACUCCGGCUAAUGUGCAGCAACGGCGGCCACAUAGUCCCAAGACCACAUGACAAAACAUUAUGCUACAUAGGUGGCGAAACACGUAUAGUAUCAGUCGACCGUCACACCACCACACUCCAUAACCUUAAACACAUUCUUUCAAAAACCUUAAACCCACCAACGACGUCGUUUUCACUUAAAUAUCAACUUCCUUUAGAAGACCUUGAUUCAUUAAUAUCCUUAACUAAUGAUGAUGAUUUAGAAAAUAUGUUUCAAGAGUCUGAAAGAUUGUUGUCAUUAUCAAAAAUCAAUAAUUCAUGUUCUUCUUCAAGGAUCCGUUUGUUUAUAUUUCCGAAUAAUCCGGACCCGGUUGGUGGGUCGGGUUUUGAAAGUUUGAGUAAAUCUGAUGAUUGGUUUGUUAAUGCAUUGAAUGGUGCUGACACGUCAGCUUUGUUUUCUGAUACUUCUUCUUCUUUGGUUAAUUGUUUGCUAAAUUUGGAUGAUAAUGAUGAGAAAAUAGUAAAUUGUAAAAGUGUUACUGGGAAUGGGUCGGGUCAGGACGUGAAUUCGGUACCCGGUUCACCCAUGAUGGAUACGACAUCGUCGUUUGGGUCGGGUUCGUCCAACCCGUCUAUUGUUAACUUGCGGCCGAUUAGAGUAAAAGCUAGUGAUGUGGUUAUGGGUUCCCCUGUGACGGCGGACCCUGAACAGUCCGACCCGUUUCUGUUUUAUCAGGAACGAUCGGAGCAGAAAGUUGAGCAAAAACAAGUUACGGGUUUUGAUUUGGCUUCCACGGAUUUACUUUUGAGUGAUUCUACCAUAAGCAAUCAAUUAUCCCGACUACAAGUCCAACCUUCUAGUAAAUAUAACAAUCAAGUUGAUCCAAUUACCCCUAAUCAAAAUACUAGAAUUCAAAUUAUUCAACAAAAACAAAAUUCUCCACAACAAAAUUAUCCUUGUUUAUUGUCAAUGCCAAGUGCCCAAAUUGACAGACAACAUAAUCCUCAUAUACACAACCAGCAACAAGUGCAAUAUAUUCAACCACCUCAAUACAUCAACCACCACCACCCUUCUGGGGCCGUUGCGCCACCAUCUUACUACCAACAAUAUUCUCCCCGACUGCCAACGAAUCAGCAAAAUUUCGUGUAUUAUGUUCCCACUAGACAGCCAACCCAAGCGUAUAAUUUUCCAUUGCAACAAUCUCCUGCUCCCACCACUCCGAAUAAUCAAGCUGCCACGAAAGCUGCAUUUCCAUCAAGCGCUUACGUAGCAACGAAUUCAGGUAGUCCUAAACUUGUCCGGGUUCUUUCUGGUCGUCAUCAAUACCAGCCUCAAUAUGUCGGGUACUCUGAGAUUAAUCACGCGUCUCAGCCUCAAUACACGCAAGACAGGUGAUUUUCGACGAUGUACUUGAUGGAUCUUGUUUAUUUCCUUCUCAUUGUAUAAUUGUAUAAUAUGGUGUUUAUUUUGUUUCUAAUAUUGGUUUGUAUAGAUAUAUGGUAUGUAUAUGUAAUGGGUUGUAGAGGUAACUUGAAAAAGUUAGUACCUUUUUCUUGUUUGAUUUGUGUACAAUUAUUCUGCUAGUUGAAACCA